AAUGAAAAUUAACAUGAAACCAAAAUUAACAUUAAAAUCAAUGGACAAAUUAAAUGUGGUCUGCAUCCAUAACUAUACCGGAUCUAAAUCCAUUAUAAAGUAAAAGUAGGAAUGGAAUAACAUAAAUAUUCAGGUUUGCAGUCCGAACAGUACAUUAUUCACAAUGCAGUGUAUUGUUAUUCUUUCUAGAGCAGACGAUAUUAAUUUUCAUUUAUCGGGGAUCGAAGUUCAAAAACCGUAGCUAAAACUAGUAAAAGUAUAGUAGGAUCAUUACAUCUUUGCAUAGCACCAAUUUCCUUACACGUAGUUAAGUAGGCUACAGCCUACUAUAUAUAAUAGGUUCGACGCUUUAGACUUAGUUCUGUUCUUAUACGGGAAAAAUAAUAGACACGGAUACUGACCCGUUCUUUGCUGUUACUCUUAUCAUAAACCGUAAAAACAAUAAGAAUGUAUAUAAACUCGCAAAUCACGUGAUUCAUUGAACACAUAUACCUAAAGUAGGACAUCACUUUUCAUCAUUGCAAGAGCUAAGCUUAUAUCCAACAAAUCAAUAUGCGGAUGUUAUUAUUGUAUGUUUUCUGCUUGUGUCUACUUGGAGUUGAAUGUAACACAUUCCUGAAUUUAAAUGGAGAAUGGCGGAUUUCAAAUACAGAUAAAAAAUAUAAUAUAAGUGGUGAUGUACCUGGAGGUAUUUAUACAGCUUUGAUCAAGAAUAAUAUAAUAGGGGAUCCAUUUUAUAGAGAUAAUGAUAUAAAAUAUAGAUGGAUAGCUUGGGAAAAUUGGACUUAUUCCAGAAAUAUUUACAUUGAACAUGAUGUUUUGGAAGAAGAAAGGGUGGUCUUGGUUGCUGAAGGACUGGAUACAGUUUCUACAAUAUAUAUGAAUGGACAAGCAGUCGUAAGGACAGAUAAUAUGUUUGUUACUUACACAAUAGAUGUUACAAAUAUCAUACAAAAGCAAGGUUUCUAUUCUAUAGAUAUCGCCUUCCAAUCUGCAUUGAAUGCUGCUAACAACUUAGCUAAUAAAUCCUACAUACCAAGUCAUUCCACGCCGUCCUACAACGGUUUUCCGAAUGUUAAUUUUCUUAGAAAGAUGCAGUAUUCCUUUUCAUGGGAUUGGGGUCCAGCAUUUCCAAGCCAGGGCAUUUGGAAGAAUAUUUAUAUACAAAUAAUCAAAACACCAAUUAUACAAAAUAUAUCUGUUUUACCACAUAAAGUUAAUGGUAAUUGGUCUGUUGACGUUGAAGUGAAUUUUGAAACUAGCGAUGGUAAAGUAGAUGGUAUAAUAGAAUUUUUAGUACAGGAUUUAAAAUUAUUAAAAAAACAGAUUUCAGGUUUAUCUGUUACUAAUAAAGUUAUAAAACAUACAGUAGAUAUACCACCGAAUUUCCCUCUGGAUGUGUGGUGGCCAAAUGGAUAUGGAAACCAAACUCUCUACAAUCUAACUGUAAUAUUUUUGUGUCAAAAUACAUCAGGGAUAUCAGUUAAGUCUAGAAGAUUUGGAUUUAGAACUGUAGAGUUAGUAGAAGAUCCCGUGUCUAAUAAUGCUAGCCAUGGAUUAACAUUUUACUACAAGAUUAACGAUGUUCCUAUAUUCCUGAAAGGCAGUAACUGGAUACCAUCAGAUAUGUUUUUAGAGAGAAUAACACCAGAAAGGACUCGACGAUUUCUGCAAUCAGCUGUCGAAGUUCACGUCAAUGCUAUGAGAAUGAAUGGAGUAGGGAUUUAUGAAGAAGAUUAUUUCUAUGAUUUAACAGAUGAACUUGGUAUAAUGAUAAUACAAGAUUUUAUGUUCAGUGAUGCCGUGUAUCCUGUAACCAACGUAUUUCUUAAUUCAGUUAAAACAGAAAUUACACAACAGAUGAAACGAUUAAAACACCGCCCAUCAAUUAUCGCAUGGGCACUAAAUAACGAGAAUGAAGAACUAAUCAAAUUGAAUUGGUUUCAAUUGAAAAAUAUAUCUCGAUUUGAGAAAGACUAUGUUACAUUAUAUAUUGAUACCGUACGACCUAUUAUGUUAGCUGAAGAUGACACAAGACCAUGGAUACCAUCUAGUCCAAGUAAUGGUGUCAGUGUAGAAAAAGACCAAGGCUGGUUUGCCAAUAAUUCAGCUUUAGAGACAGUUGGGGAUAUCCAUUUCUAUGACUAUACAUCUGAUCUGUGGAAUGUAAGUAAUUUUCCAACACCAAGAUUUGCAGCUGAAUUUGGAUUACAGUCUUGGUGUAAUUUUGAAACAAUUGAACCUGUUUUUGAGGAUAGUGAUUUUGAUUAUUGGUCUAACAUGUCUUUUCACCGACAACACCACCCACUAGGUAAUUUGGAGUUGAUUAUGGAAGCUGUUGUACACAUGAAACUUCCCAAUUCAACUGAUGUAAAACAACGAUUUAAAGAUUUGAUAUACGUCACACAGAUUAACCAGGCUAUGGGUAUUAGAACUGAAGUAGAACAUUAUAGAAGAUAUCAGAAUGAACUCAACAAGGAUGGUAAAGGUAUAACUAUGGGAGCCCUGUAUUGGCAACUUGUGGAUGUCUGGCAAGCUCCUACUUGGUCUUCCAUAGAUUACGACAUUAACUGGAAAAUGCUUCAUUAUUAUGCAAGACAUUUUUUAAGUCCAAAAUUGAUAUCUCCUUAUCUCGAUGGAGAUAUUCUCAAUAUUUUUAUGGUGACUGAUGAAGUACCUUCGAUUGAAGAGAGACACCCUGAAACCCAGCAGUUAUAUUUUAAACAAAUGAAGUCAUCAGAUAUAUACCAAAAAUUUCCUCUGCACCAAUAUGUAGACAUAAUGAAUAAAAUGAAAGAGACUAUAUUUGGAACUGUUAUAAUGGAGAUGUAUAAUUGGUCGAGUUUCACACCAAUCAAAACAUGGAAUAUCCCCUACCAGUUAGAUAAGACGUCGGGUCUAAUAUUUAAGAAAGCUGUGGCUGAAGUUUUAAAUGAGGCUGCUUGUUUUGAUCAGAGAAAUUGUUUUCUAUAUUUCUACAUCAACGCUUAUAAAUCCCCACCAGUCAGUACGAGUUGGUUAACUUUAAACUAUUUUAUAGAAAGCCAAAGUUUUAUACCUAAAGCUAAAGUUGUAGUAACGGAUGUGACUGCACAAUCCCAAACACAAUUUACUGUAACCCUGGCAACAGAUAAUAUAGCACCAUUUGUGUGGGUCAACGCUUACAAAAUAUCAGGAAGAUUUUCUGAUAAUGGUUUUCUUAUGAAAGAUCCUUUGCUUUCGUUGACGUUUACCUCCUGGCAACCGGUAGACCUAGAUAUAUUCAAAAAAUCUUUAACUGUUAAAUCUUUUAUGGACAUUUAUUACUAAUUUUGUUAUUUAUUAAAUAUUUUCGUUUAGACAUUCCUCAAUUUACCUCAAAUAGGUGUAACUGGAUGUUUGUCAUUAUCUCCCGUUUGUAUUUUAGUACUUCAGUAUCUGAACUGUCUCAUCUGUUUCAUGGCCAAGUAAUCUCAUAAAUGAAAUAAGCAAAAGGAAAAUAUACGAAAUUAUAAGUAUACGGCUAUUACACUGCAGUUUAAUAAAAGGGAAUUGAACUGAGAUCUAACCUGAGCGCUGUAGAUCUCCAAUAAUCUCUCUCUCUCUCUCUCUCUCUCUCCCUAAUGAGUUGUUGGGACUAUUAUUCAACUAUUAAUGUUAAAUUAAUCUACAUUUCAUCCUAUAUGCAUUAUGCCACACAUGCAUUAUUUGGACAUUAUGCCACACAUGCAUUAUUAAUGGGCAGUAAAUUUAUUAUAAUUUUUUGAUGGUUGUAAAAUACUAUUCAUUUUGUGUUGUUGAUAACGACUUUAUAUUAGAGAAGAUGAAGGUAAUAAAGAUGUAA